UUGAAUUCAGGUGUUCCAAUCACUUCCAUGGCCACAGGUGUAUAAAAUGAAGCACCUAGGCAUGCAGACUGCUUCUACAAACAUUUGUGAAAGAAUGGGCCGCUCUCAGGAGCUCAGUGAAUUCCAGCGUGGUACUGUGAUAGGAUGCCACCUGUGCAACAAGUCCAGUCGUGAAAUUUCCUCGCUACUAAAUAUUCCACAGUCAAUUGUCAGUGGUAUUAUAACAAAGUGGAAGCAAUCGGGAAUGACAGCAACUCGUAAGGCCACGUAAAAUGACAGAGCGGGGUCAGCGGCUGCUGAGGCGCAUAGUGCGCAGAGGUCGCCAACUUUCUGCAGAGUCAAUCGCUACAGACCUCCAAAGUUCAUGUGGCCUUCAGAUUAGCUCAAGAACAGUGCGUAGAGAGCUUCAUGGAAUGGGUUUCCAUGGCCGAGCAGCUGCAUCCAAGCCAUACAUUACCAAGUGCAAUGCAAAGCGUCGGAUGCAGUGGUGUAAAGCACGCCGCCACUGGACUCUAGAGCAGUGGAGACACGUUCUCUGGAGUGACGAAUCACGCUUCUCCAUCGGGCAAUCUGAUGGACGAGUCUGGGUUUGGCGGUUGCCAGGAGAACGGUACUUGUCUGACUGCAUUGUGCCAACUGUGAAGUUUGGUGGAGGGGGGAUUAUGGUGUGGGGUUGUUUUUCAGGAGCUGGGCUUGGCCCCUUAGUUCCAGUGAAAGGAGAUUUUGGACAAUUCCAUGCUCCCAACUUUGUGGGAACAGUUUGGGGAUGGCCCCUUCCUGUUCCAACAUGACUGCGCACCAGUGCACAAAGCAAGGUCCAUAAAGACAUGGAUGAGCGAGUUUGGUGUGGAAGAACUUGACUGGCCUGCACAGAGUCCUGACCUCAACCCGAUAGAGCACCUUUGGGAUGAAUUAGAGCGAAGACUGCGAGCCAGGCCUUCUCGUCCAACAUCAGUUUCUGACCUCACAAGUGCGCUUCUGGAAGAAUGGUCAAAAAUUCCCAUAAACACACUCCUAAACCUUGUGGAAAGCCUUCCCAGAAGAGUUGAAGCUGUUAUAGCUGCAAAGGGUGGGCCGACGUCAUAUUAAACCCUAUGGAUUAAGAAUGGGAUGUCACUUAAGUUCAUAUGCGUCUAAAGGCAGAUGAGCGAAUACUUUUGGCAAUAUAGUGUAUAUAUAACACUUAACGUGGUAGCCGUCAAUACUGCUAAAAACAAAGAGCUGCUGUGGCAGCUUCUGUUGAAUAACGAGACUGUUUGGAUGGAAGAGCUGUUCUGGUGGAGCCGAAUGCUUUGCAGGGAAGUUGCAUCCUAUGAUCCGUCUGCCUGGGUCUGUUUGUGGGGAAAUGUGUGGGGCCGAAUGCCGGAAAGAUUCUCAUGUCAGGAGAGUUGUCACAGGAAGCAGGUAAGCAGCAGCUUAUAUACUCCUGCUUGUGGGCUGUGAUUUGUCAGAUUAAAAUAAACAUGCUCCUCCCGAACCCCUGUUAAUUAACUCCAUUUUGUAUGCACAGAAGGGAGUUCCACUAAAAAACACUCCACCAGCAAGUAAAGCACACACUGGUGGUAUAUUUUGCAUCCUUAGUGAUUAAGUGGUCUGUGUUACGGUUCCGACAUUUGUGCCGGCUCAUACUGUUGUUUGUUUCUCUCUCUCCCUCGUGUCUCACAGGUGGAGCCGGCGUGCGUGAUCAGCGUUUCCAUGGGAACGCUGAACGUUAUCAGGGAGGUAUUGAUCACGGCAAUGAUUUACUCACCCGUUCCACCUGCUUCACACUGAUUGCACUCCAUACUUAUUCCUUGUGUUUCCCCUCUUUCUUUGCCAGUUUAUUUUUUGCUGUCCAGUGUUAACCAUGCUCUCUUGUUUAGUUGGAGAUUGCUCGUGUGUCUGUUGAUUGCCUGUCUCUAGAGGCUGUUACCUUUCUGUUCACCACCGCCUUCGCCUUUAUUGUCACCCAGUUCCCUUGGAGGAGUAUUCCUCAGUCUUUGCCCAUGUGUUGGGGGAGAAACUCACAUGGGCUUUGCUUCGCAUCACACCAGCUUCAACAGAUUCUCUUUGGCUCCUGACUUCCACAAUGCACGCACUCCUCAUACGAACACACUCUUGCCUUAGCCUUCUGAGCAGCUAUUGCAUCGACUCCUCUCACCACUGCAGCCGGUGCUGGGUGCAUCUGAUAUUAUUUGCAGAAAUCCUUUGUUAUUAAUAAAUCCUUUUGAACUGUUCACCCACCUCUGUGUUUGGGUCCUUUUGUCUCCCCUCACCCUCUGACAGAAUAAACUGACCACCAUGGACCCAGCAGAGGAGACAACUCUUCGCUCUGCCCUUUCGUAACAUGGAGCUCUGCUUAGAUGACACCAAGAUCAAUCUCUGCCUCUAACCAUGCUCUGGAAAUGAUAGCUUUGCAGCUCACGGAACUCACUGAGAUGGUCCAGCAGAUCCGCCCUCCUCUUGAUCCUAGUCCCGCACAGGACACACCCCCAUCUCCUUUGGCAGCUCCUCACACCCCAUGGUGACCAGAGCCUUCCACGUUUUCCUCAGACACAAUGAAGAUAGCGUGUGUAAUCACGCUCCUCUCCGGGAGGGCUGGAGAAUGGGGAACGGUGGGAUAACCGACAUCCCUCGAUUCGAUGGACCUCCCCCUCGAUUCCACGAUUUGGUGUACCUGGCCAUCCGAGUCGAUCAACAUCUGACUCAGUGUUGUGAUCAGCGUCUGCGCUGCUCUCUGCCCUCUCGGGCAGCUGACCUUCACCCACAACGCGCUCCUUUUACCAGAUUGUUUGACUCUCACCCCGACACUGAGCCCAUGCAGGUGGGUAGACUUCCAGUGUCACAUAAGAAAAUGCAGCAGCCUCUUGCGGCCGAUCGGGCCACCUCACUGCUUUAUGCCCAUUUUAAAAGACAACAUUCAUCAGUAGUUAGGGGGUUACUGGCGAGCGUGACACCUUUGGACAAGGCCCCCGGACAUCACACACUUCUCCCGGCCCGGCUACAGAAUGGAACGGACAGUCAUGUGAUUUCGGCUUUGGUGGAUUUCGGUGCCAAAGGGAUUUCAUUGACACAGACUUGGCUUCCAAAUGGCGGCUACCCAGGGUCUGAUUGGAUGAGCCCACCACUGCCCACACGCUUAGUGGCAUGCCCUGUCAGUCAUCACCCAUUUCACGAAACCAGUCACCUUUGUCAAAAAGCCUUUGUUAUUGUUAAAUUAAUUUCAACUGUUCUCCUCUGCGUUUGAGUCCCUUUGUCUCCCCUCACCCUCUGACAGUCUGAGACUGAUUAAAUGAAUUUGUCAUUCAAGAGAUGUUAAUUCUGAAAUGAGGGGUAUUUCAUCACAUUUUUAAAACUUGGCCAUCCAUGUGAUACUAAACUGAUGAUAACAUUUUCUUUCAUUAAAACCUGAAACAAACCAUAUCUUCAGUACAAUGUCAAAAGCUCAAUUUCAGACUUACAUGGUACAUUGAAAAUAAUAUUUCUGUGUGAUCUUUCCAUUGUUGGAUGUAAUGUGAAUACAUUGUAAUUAGUUACUGUCAUCACAUUACUUUUUAACUUAAAAGUAAAUUAAAGAGAUAGUUCACCCAAAUUUUUUUAAUUCUCUCAUAAUUUAC